AUGACAGCACCUCUCAAAAUUGGCGUAUUGCUCAAUGGCUUUGCUUCACCCAAUAUGGUCGGGAUCAAAAUCUCAUUCGAGACAGCAAUCAAAUCCGCAUCCAGGCUCAAUUCCGAUGCUGCCUGUCCAACAAUCGACUUCUACGAUCCCAUAGUCGCCCAAAUUUAUCCGGAUCCUUCAACAUAUGACCUAAUCGUCCUAAGCGGAGGAACAGCUGAUCCUAUGGGUUCGGAUCCAUGGGUUCUUAAACUUCAAAAUUAUCUUCGUACCACAGUGCGGAAUUUCCCGAAGCAGAAAGUCGUCGGGAUUUGCUGGGGCCAUCAAACUAUAUGUGUUUCCUUCGGCGGACGUGUAGGAACUAUGGAGGGUGCAGCUGAGAUUGGCGUUACGCAAAUCACUCUGACGACCGAUGGCAAGAAGUUUUUUCCAUUUGCUUCAGAGGGGACUCUUCGGAUUCAUGAGUUCCAUGCUAGAGAGGUCAAGACGCCUGCAGAAGGGUUUGUUGCGCUUACUGAAGGGAAUCAGGUGUUUUUGAGUUCGGGAAAUACGAUUUUGACAUUCCAGGGACAUCCAGAGCUAAAUGCGGAUUUCGCGAGGAACUUGCUUGCGAGCGCGCCGGCGUAUAUGGGCGUUGAUCCAGAGAGGAAGGAAGCUUUGGUUGAGAUGGCGGGAUUGGAUCAUGAUGGCGUUGAGAAUUGGGCGAGGAUCCUGAAAUGGGUUCGAGAAUGA